AUGAAUGGAACCCGAUUUGACAACGACAGCAACCCGAUAGGUAGUCAGAAAGAUGGUGAAGAUGGAAAUGCUCUUAGCAACGUGUAUUUCUACCAAACACCAACGUUAGACAAAGCGCUGGUAUUAUUGUUGUUUGCGACAACCAGUGCACUCACACUGGUGGGAAACGGUCUCGUGAUUAUCACCAUAGCAAAGAUUCGCCGACUGCAAAUACCAGCGAACCUCACGAUCGUUAAUUUGGCCUGUUAUGACUUCAUAAUGGGACUCGCACCAAUCCUAGUCUUUACUCCUCAUCAAACAAGGCUUCGUUGCGUGUUUUUCCUGGUCUACGCAGCCAUUGUUAUUCAAGCGACCGUGGUUGGCAUCGGACUGUCUACGAUCAACAGGUACGUGGCAAUCGUACAUCCGUUACGCUACAACCAGCUAAUGACUGUUAAGCGCACCUGCAUUCUCAUGGGUUUGUGCUUUCUGUACGCACUAGCCUCUGGUAUUGUUGCAGGCAUUGAUGUAGCAUAUAGCUGGGGCCCGCUGUCAACGUGCAAUGCCGACCAAGAGCUCACGUCCGGUUUCGUGGCCUUUCUGAUCAUUAACUAUAUUAUAUUAUUUAUCAUCAUGACUUACUGCUACAUCAUCAUUUCCAAGAUUGCUUGGGACCACACGUGCGAAGAAGUUGAAGAUCUCAGGGAGGAUCUCAGAGAGUCGACAGCGUAG